AUGCAGAAUAGCCCUCAUCGUGAAAGAACAGCCUUGCCCUGCUCCCAGUUCACUGCUCACAUGAAGAAUUUCUCUGAAUUUCUUAAACUUGGCAGUCUACAUUUUCUGCAUUUCCCAGUAUUUCCAGAAAGGAUUCAGACUCCAAUGGCAUGUAAAAGUCUGCUUUGUGCUCACCAGUACACUAUCCCCAGGUCUCCUGCUGUAAGUGUGGCUUCCGUUGAAGAAGAAAGCCGUGGAGAAGCCAGUCCCUUCCGGACACCAUCCGGUGAAUGGGAUGAGACCCCACUGAUCUUCACUGUCAGAAAAGAAAUUAAUAUGGGAGCUAGAGGAGCACCCACUCAGGCUUGGAGCAGUCAAUUUUUGGAUUGGCAAGUGACAAGAAAGCCUAUUCAAUUCCACUCAGUAAAUCUGGUGCACCUGGAGGCUGGAGGCAUACACAUCAACAGACACGUGAGACUUCAGAACCAGCCCUCUCACUAUUCCAAGGGAGAUUCUGUCCCACCUGAGCCCGCCUCCCCAGGCCCGCUCCCGGGUCCCCCGGAGCCCUCCGAGCCCGACUGGAGGCCCGGACUGCAGGCUCAGGGGGCACACGGGCACACCCAGCUCCCCGCGGCGGGAAAUGCCGUCGGCAGGGGCGCAGUUGCCAGGGCGCCCGAGAUGCUCCCCAAGCAUCCUCAGCCCGCGGCGAGAAGGGCGCAGGCAGACGCCGCGGCCCACGGCGAUCAUCGGGCAGGAGCGCCCUGCUCCGCUCGCCAGUGCUCCCCCCGGCUCCCCUCGUAG